GGAAGAAGAAGAAAGAUGGUUGAGGAGGCGUCCAACACACAACUGCUUCCUCCCAGAUUUGGCUUUGGGCUUCUUCUUCUUUUCUUUUCUUCUUGCUUCACAAUCUCAACUUUCUUCGAUAUUCUGUUCCUGAAAUCCAUGCUUGGAAAGUAUAUGCAUUUGGUGUUUGUUUGUGGAUGCGUUAAGGUUCUAUAAUUCCUUUCCGUUUUCUUGGUUUUUCUCUCUGGCUCUUUGGCAUGCUGCUUUUUCUUGUUCACGAGCUCUGGAAUUCAGCAACUCUGCUCAGCCCAUGUUAUUGUUGAGUCAGUUGCAGUAGAUUAACGAAAUUGUGGAGCUCAGCUGCAAUUGGGUAAUUUGCCUAUUGCUUGGAAUUGGAGAUUACUGCACUUUGAGUUCCAGGAUUAAUGGAUGACAGCUUACAUAUCCGAAGGAAACACAGUACUGAACCUUCUAGUGGGAUUCACCUAACAAUGCCUAGUUUUCUCAUGCAGCUCCAUGGUAAACUUGAGAAGUCCAUUAAGUCACAUCUAAAGGCAUCAAUGAAAAAUAAUGGCGGGGUGAAGUCGGCAACCUCCAUCCCAGAGAAGGAUAGAAGGUCGUCUACUGCCUUGGAUGCUGAUCUUGAGAAGCAAUUGCAAGCUUGGAAAGUAAAUCCUAGUUGGGUUGAUCAAUCCCCAGAGAUAAAGGUGACAGUACCCAAAGGUUCUCUUUGCAACCUGAACGUGAAAGUCAAUGUUGGCCUGCCCCCAGAUGCUGUAUACAACAUCGUGACAGACCCUGACAAUAAGAGGGUCUUCAAGAAUAUUAAGGAAGUACUAUCCAGAAGGGUCUUGGUCAAUGAAGGUCACAGGCAGGUUGUUGAAGUUGAGCAAGCAGCUCUAUGGAGAUUUCUUUGGUGGUCGGGGACCAUCUCUGUUCAUGUCUUAGUAGAUCAGAACAGAGAAGACCAUACAAUGAAAUUCAAGCACGUGAAAACGGGGUUUAUGGAAAGAUUUGAAGGCUGCUGGAAAGUCGAACCUUUGCUCGCUGAUGAAAAGUUGUGUCACCCCAUUAUACCUAAAACCUUGGAAGACUAUGUUGCAUGCACCGGAGGGAAAGGAAGGCUCGGAUCAAAAGUGAGCCUUGAGCAAAUCAUCCAGCCAUCUUUUGUGCCACCUCCUCCCAUUUCCUGGUAUCUUAGGGGAAUAACCACAAAAACCACGGAGAUGCUGAUUAAUGAUCUGCUUGCCGAAGCUGCUAGAAUCCGGGCCGAUUCUGAUCAGAAUACAGGAGAGAUUGGGACGCUCCAAAGAUCAUUUGACGAAUACCAAGUGGCUCAAACACUAGACAUCAAACGAAGAUGGGCCUUUCACCGGAGAAGCACAAGGCGAUUGCAGAGAAGGUCGCCUCUGCUUGUUAAUCACUAAUUUUCUUUAAGCUGCAGUUCCUAUCUCGCGAUUGGUUCUCGUCUUUUGUGCAUUAAAUGUUGCUAUCCUUUUUCCAAAUGAAGAUCCAAAACCAGGGUUUCUGUCAUUUCCAUUGACGUUGUCUUCCCAAUUUGGUUGCUAAUGUCAAGCUGGAGAACUGAUAGAAUUGUGACUUAUAUGAAACUUCUCAGUUGGGUUA